AUGGCCACGCAGCAGACGUCAACAGAGCCGCUGCGGCCAGAAACCCACCCGGCGACGGCCCUCACGGCGGGCAACGCAGACACGCUCGCGGUGCCGGGCAUCCAGGUCGACGGGGCGAGCGACGAUGACGAGCGACAGCCGCGCAGCACAACACCCGCCGCCGUCCCCAGCACCAACGCGAGCCGCACCGCCUCGCCCAAUGCGCACGCCAUCUACCCCCAUACGCAGGUCACCUACGACGACCCCGACUUCAGGCGCCCGCCGCCGCUCAACUACUCGCUGCGCACCCGCCGCAAGGCCAUCUUCUGGUUCUGGUUCCUCAUCCUCGUCGACUGCAUCCUCAUGCCCAUUGGCAUGUACUUUGGCAUGUGGUACGGUCUGACGCGCGACCAGCUGUCGGCCAACGCCGUCUUCAGCAUUAGCACCGCCCUGCUGGGAACCGUCUCCAUCGUCGAGUACUUUGUGCGCUUUGCCCGCCUGUGGAGGAAGAACUCGAACUGCCGGGUCAUUGGCGCCCAGAGACAUUAUCUCGACUGGUUCCACUGGAAUCUGUCCGUCGGAUGGUUCUUUGUCAUGAUUGAGCUGAUUGCCGGCACAUGCCCCCACGACCCGCCCAUCCGUGUCCUCGCCAUGCCGGCCCCGACCAUGCUGUUCGCCAUCGGCGUCGAGCUCAUCAUCGUCGACAUCCUCCGCAUCAUGAAGGUCCCCGCGCCCUGCCGCAUCUCGUCCCUGCCUCAGGGCGCCCCUCUCCGCCCCGGCAUCUACGCAUACAUCGAGGACAUCUGCGCUGUCGACGGCUCCGGAGGCACCCAGUUCCGCCAGCGGCUGAACCUGCGAUACCAGGCGAGCAAGGCCUUCCGCGAGAUGCUGCACCGCAUGACGCUGUUCUGGGCCAUUGGCGCAAUCGUGUGCUCCGCCGUCUGCACCGCCAUUGUUUUUACCAUUCAGCGCGAUGCCGCCUACGUCGUCGGCUGGGUCCUUCCCUUCCUCUGGGCUGGUGUAUGGGCCGCCAUCACUAUCCCUUGGGUGCAACGGCAGCUCGCCAAAGAGUACGAGGAGUGGACUACGGCCAACUUCAAGGCCUAA